AUGACUAUAACGGAACCAGAUCACACUGAGACAGAAGAACUCCAAAUAUUGUUCUCAUUUAAACAAAGAUUGAACCAAAGUAAUAUGACAGGCCUGGGAUCCGAUAAAGAUGCCAAGAAAAAACAUACACGGCCCACGUUCUCAGGUCAACAGAUAUUUGCAUUGGAAAAGACUUUUGAACAAACUAAAUACCUUGCUGGACCGGAACGGGCGAAACUCGCUUAUGCGUUAGGAAUGACUGAAUCACAAGUUAAGAGUUUCCGCAAGACUCAAGAUAUCUUACAAAAUGCAUGCGCCGGGCUUAAGCCCAGCCACUUAUUGGUUCUCUGCAACUUGCAAGUGCCUCAUUAUUUAUGA